AUGAAGAAUCGUAUGGAUGCAGGGUGGUUCUAUUCUGGAGCCCAGAUUCGCCGUUAUCUGGCAACUCGAAUCUCCAGUCUGCGACCCCCAAAGACAAAACUCAGAAAUCCGUAUCUCAUCCUGUGUGACUUGUCACGCCACCAGUGGCUCAUGUUCCUGUCUGGAUUUCUCGGCUGGAUUUGGGAUGCUUUCGACUUCUUUAGUGUGACUAUGACCGUAACAGAGCUUGCUACUGCAUUUGGUGUCUCAACGUCGGCUGUUACUUGGGGUAUCGCGGUUACCUUGAUGCUUCGAUCUGUUGGCGCCCUUUUAUUUGGUUUUAUGGCAGACCAUUACGGAAGGAAAUAUGUCACGAUAUUCAACUUGUUCCUAUUCAUUAUCCUGGAGCUUGCAACGGGUUUCUGCAAUACCCUUGGUCAAUUCAUUGGUGUCCGCGCUCUAUAUGGCAUCGCAAUGGGAGGUCUCUUUGGACCAGCAGCUGCUACAGCACUUGAGGAUCUGCCUCAUGAUGCUCGAGGCCUGCUUUCCGGCCUCUUCGAGCAGGGGUACGGAAUCGGCUACAUGCUUGCUGCUGCCUUCUACCGUGCCCUCGUCCCAACGACUCCCCAUGGCUGGAGAAGCUUGUUUUGGUUUGGCGCUGCGCCGCCUGUUCUCAUUAUUGCAUUCAGAUGGGCAUUGCCGGAGACAAACAGCUUUAAAGUGAUGAAAGCCCAGCGACGUGCUGCAGGGGGAGAGUCUAACAAGGUCACGUUGAAAGAAUCCUUGAAAGUUACCGGAAAGACAUGUUAUCAGAACUGGGUCCUCCUGGUCUACAUGACAUUUCUGAUGGCGUUCUUCAGCUUCUGCUCUCAUGGAAGCCAAGACUUCUACCCAACCUUUCUCAAAACUCAGGCCAACAUGUCUGCGACAAACACUUCCCUGGUUACGAUCAUCGGGCAGCUAGGUGCUCUUACCGGUGGUAUAACCGUUGGUUACAUUAGCACCUUUUUCGGGAACCGCCUAACAAUUAUCUGCGUCUCCUUACUAGGUGCAGCAGCAGUACCGGGUUUCGUUUUGCCAAGAGGCAUGAACAUAAUGGCGGGUGCAUUCUUUCAGCAACUACUCGUUGGCGGCGCCUGGGGCCCAAUCCCGGUACAUCUGGUCGAGCUUUCACCACCAGCAAUUAAAUCCUUAAGUGUCGGCCUAACAGCUCAGCUUGGCAACCUGGCUUCGGCUGGCUCUUCGACAAUCCAGGCAACAAUAGCCAAACGAUUCCCGUUACCUCCAACGAAGUCAUAUGCGCACCGCUAUGACUAUGGCCUUGUGAUUCUAAUCUUUCUGGAAAUUGCUUGGGCAUGCAUCUUUCUGACAGCUCUGCUCGGACCGGAAAUGUCGCAAGAAGAGAGAGCAGCUGAGGCUGAAGCUACCGCAUAUCACGAAUCAUUGCGUGCCGCAGAAGUCGAUCUCGAACAGGUCCAAAUUAAGAAAACGGUUGACGCGGGAGAAGGUGAGCUCGAUGAUAUUAAGGGAGCCACCGAGCACAGAGAGGUCGAAUGA